UUACCAGUGCCAUUCUGAUGUGUCUCCAUCUCCGCUUGUGUGUGUGACGUAGGGAACCGAUUUCAUUGGCUCAUCCUGUGCACACACCCAAACGCACACCGCUGUAGAUGUGUGUACUUGUGUGCGCACGUAUCAUUGCACGGACGCGCACCUGGUACACAAUCGUUGCUGGUGCCGCCAGAUUGUCCACAAGGAAUGAGACAGACACGCGAGAAGGGUUGCAAUAUGACAAAGAGAAGAUCAGGUCGCUCAGGUCGCUGCACACACACAGAGAAAGAAUUGAAUACUUGCGUGUGUGUGGGGUGUCUGCACCUUCAUAUGUUUGUACGUACGUGUUUUGUGUGAGAGUGGCGACAGUCUGUCCGCUAUGUGUGGCCGACUUGCUGACAGGCAGGUCACCCACACACUCCUGAGCUGCACGCAUUCGGACACACGCAUAUGGUGGGGGGUGGGGGAAGACACACAAUGAGAUACGCAAUGCACGUCCGCACGUACCAUUGAAGAGAUCCACUGUGUUGGAUUCUCUGUUGCGAACACAGCCAUUACAAUCGUCAACAGCACUCGAUAUCACACCUACACACAGACACACAGAGCAAAGUGCAUCUCUGGAGGCAGCAAGACAUGCAUGCGCAGACACAGACGUACCUUCCUGUAUGCGUAUUUCCACAUCGCCGAGAGACAGUGCCCUCAGCGUGACACUGAAAUACGUGUGCUGGCCAGAGAUGUCCUGCACAAUGCAGUUGUCGAGCAAUGAGGCAUCGAAAAUGCGAUAGCCAUCGAUUAUGCGAUGUGAGAAGGUGACCGACAGCUGGAAUAGCGGACCUACAGAGGCAGGCCACACACGCGUCGUGUGCUUGAAGGUGGGUCGGACGAUACCGAUGAUUGUGUUCAAUGUGCUUGAAGGCUGCAGGAUGGCAAGAGACACAUUUGGGGGUGUGUUGUCUGCAAACACACAUGCGUGCAUGAACAAAUGCGCUGGAAUAUCAUCACACGAGUAAGUGCCUACCAAUGCGCAGAAAUGCGUCCGUCUGCAAUGAGACAUCCACCGCCAGUGUGGCGCCCCUGACCAUGCCAGCACUGCACACAUACAUCCAUGCAUAUACAAUAUGUACGUACGCGAUGGAGUGGAUACACAUCUCCACUCCUCGUACAUUGUCUCAUGUGUGCGGCAUUCGAGCGUCGCGUAUGAGAAAUCAAAGCAGUGGCAGCCGUCAGAUGAAAGACACCUGUGCACACAAGAAGACGUCCACGUAUGUGUGUGCGUCCAUCUGCGUGGGACUCACACCUCUCGGCACAGAGCAGGGGGGUCGAUGCUUCGGACGCAGUGGAGGUGUCUGCCUCGCCUGCAUGUAUAGACAAUAUAACCUGAGUGAUCGAUUGUGAAUCCGCAGAAGAGACACCCACGCGCUUUGUCGGUACACUGCUCAUUUUGAGAGAAGAGGUAGGGGUUGACGAAAUUCAAGGCCAGAGGAGACAGACCUGCAGAUACAAACACACGUGCAGGCCAGAGCGUGUGUCAGUUGUGAAUGUAUACCUCUCCUGAUGUACACAUAUUGCGGCCAGAGCUCCGUCAGCACUUUGCUGUAGUAUAUCUGCACACAAGAUACAGCUCGCGGCGUGUGUGCGUGUGGAUGGAUGAAUGGAUGGCAUGCUACUCACUGCAUAUGGUUUGCCAAGAUGGCACGUCCACUGAUUUGUGACCGUCUGCGCACACAUUCCUGGGUGAGCGUGUGUGCACGAUGCACACAUACACACACAUACGCCCACCGUCCUUACAGCUAAAAUGACAGAGAAGGCAUAGCAGUCGGCCAAACCCUCACAUCUGCACACACACCAGGCACCCCACAAAAAAGAGAGCGAAUGAUACACUUCGGUUCGUCUGCGUCCCCGCGCACCUCCUGGCACACUCUUCCUGUGUGCUGAAUAUGUACUCAACGCGGUACACACCAAUGCGCGCAUCGAUGAUGCGCCGCUCGAAUGUGAGGAACGGAUCUGGACAAUUGCAAAGUGCGACAGCCAGUAUUAAUGUGAACAGGCAGGCAGUGUUGGUGUCCAUGUACCUUUGCGUGUGUAUGCCUGGAAGCCCACGCCGCUCAUCCCAGUGACAUUCUCUCGCGAGAUGCGGCACGUGAAGGAGCUAAAUGCACACACAUACAGGGAGAGAGGCUGUUUUCUAUCUAUCUUCAUCCGCACUCAAUGACGCACUUACCUGUAUGGGUACUUGAAGUCGAAACACGUACAUGCUGCAAUGGCCAGGCACCUGCACGCAUGCACACACACAUACGUACCAGCCACUUAUCAUGCAUCUCACUCACUGUUCAGCGCAUCCCUCCGCCGUCUCGAUGCCGCUGUAUGUCGUCAGUGUGUUGGAACAGAACCUACAUGCAUCGAGCAACACAUGGAUGGUCACACACACGUGGAUGUCCAUGUUGAAUGGCACACCGGUUGCUCAGCGGGUCAUGGAAAAACGCGAGAGGGUCAAACGACUCAGCGGCGCCUGCAUGACGACAGAAGAGGAGACUCAUUGCCUCCUUUCCGUGCAGAAUACCUGAGAUGAGGCAGCAGAGUCCCGCCACAGUCAGCAAAACGACAUUAUGGACCUCCAU